AUGGCAAAUGGUUUACACUACUCUUCUGAUACCCAUUCCUCUGAUAAUGGAGUGAAAAAAAGAUUAUCUAUUUUCGUAUUCAAUGAUUCUUUAAAGUCCAGUUUAUCUAAUAUUACAUCAAAAAAGGAUUCUUCUAAUAUCCAUUUAUCAAAAAUCAAUAUCAAUAACUAUAGCCAUAAUCCUGCUCACCAAAACACUUCUAAUACUUUCAGUACUUUUAAUGAAACUGUGUUUCAUAACAAUACCAUUUAUAAUAACAAUAAUAAUCACUAUUGUGCUUCUCCUUCUUCGCCUUCUUCUCCUUCAAAGGAUUCAACGGGCUUUAAAGAUAAAUUAAAAAUCUUGAAUAAAUUAAAUAAAAACAUCUCAAAGAGCAUUAAUAAAAAUUCAGACCAAACUGAUAUAAACUCAAUAACUAACUCCAAAUAUGACAAUAACUAUAUUCAACUUUUAAUUCAAAAUUCCACGAAUACUGAAUCCUGGGGUCCCUCAAUAAACCAACUAGAUGAAAUAACUAAAAUAUCCAAUCAAAACUUUCAAAAUAGAUCUUUAAUCUUGAAAAUCCUAUUAGAUGAUUUAAUUAAAUUUUUCUCAUUUUUCUCGGUUCAUAAUAAUAAAAAGAAAAAAUUAAAUAAUUAUAAUUUUUAUUACAGAUCAAUAUUAAAAAUCUUGAUCAUAUUAAAUUACUUAUUAAUUCACUCAAAUAAUUUAGAUAUAAUUAAAAACAUCAAGUUUUUCUUCCAUAAUAUUAUAUCAAACAUCUCCAAAAAUUUCCAAAUUAAAAAUAAUAUUUCAAAUAAUGAUUUUAAAAUCAAUCAAUUAAUUAAAAAAAAAUCUUUGGAUUUGAUCGAAUUAUUGGAUAAUAACUCUUUAAUCUUUCAAAAGAGAAAUUAUUACUAUAAAUUUGAUAAUCAAAAGAAUUUGUUUAAUAACAAUAACAAUAACAAUAAUACUACCGAAAAUCCUUAUCGAAAUGAUAUUUUAAUCUUUAAACAUAAAAAAAUUGGUUUAUAUCUCGAAGAAGAAAAUUAUAGUGACUUGAGUGAAGACGAUCAGUUUGAUUCUCCCAGUAAUACCAAUAACUCCAAUACCAAUAUCAAUUCAAAUAAAUCAAAAGCUAUUAAAUCUUCUAAGUCCUCAAAUCGAUUAAGCAAGAUAUUCCAUUCAAAUAAUAAAAAUGAUGAUUAUGAUAUUUCAAAAAUAUUAAAUGAUGAUAAAAUAUUACCAAAUCAUACUUCUGAAACAGAUUUAGUCAAUAAAAUUAAAAGGACCUCUUUUUUUUUAUCUUCUUCUUCAAAAUCAAAUCUAAACUUAUCCUCUUCUUUUUCAAAUUCAAAUUCAAAUUCAAAUUCGACUUCAAAUUCGACUUCAAAUACAACUUCAAUUUUUAAUUCUUCUCCUUCGUUAACUUCUCCUUCUAUCAAUUCAAAUUCUGAUAAUUCUUCUAGUUUUUCUCCAAAAUUUUCUGCCAGAUCAAACUCCACGUUCUAUUCAUACACAGAAAUUGGAAAGUUCUACACAAACAAUAACAGCCACCAUAACAGCAACCUCAAUCAAAACAGCCAGAAUAAUGAUGUUCCAAAAACGUUUUUAUCCAGUAAGUAUGCUCCAAUCUCCAGAAACAACACUGAUAGCAAGAUUAGAUCGUCUUCUUACGAGAUCGACAGAAAUCAGAAUCUCAAACUGUUCUCUUUCAAAACCGACACUGAUCUUCUCACUGAUAAGCUGGCUUCGUUUGGCUGUUCCAGAAAAAGCUACAACCCCUUCUUGAACGACGACGAUGAAGAAGACCAAGAAGGAAAGACCUCCAACCACUCGCUGAGAUUCGAUGACAAUAUCAAUUCUGACGACUCUGCUUCUCCAGUGUUUUCUGACAACAAUCCAUUUGCCAAUUACUACUCAGCUCCCACGUCGUUGCAUAAUAGUAAUAGUAAUAAUAAUAGUAAUAGUAAUAGUAAUAGUAAUAGUAAUAGUAAUAGUAAUAGUAAUAAAAUAAAAUAA